GGCGGUGACGUCAUAAAAAUGGCUGACAACUGACAAUAUUUUUGGAGUCGACUGCGGCGUUUGUGUUUCGUGCGUCAAAUAUAUCAACAACAGUGCAUCUUAUCAUCAAUUUUAUAAAAAACCAUGCUUGUUUAUUAGAGGCUGCUGAUUAAACAGUGUAUAUCAUGGAGAAAGUUAGCGUGGAGACACAGAUCUCUACUAUCGUUAACGACAUUUUGAAACCAGAACCUGUUGUAGAAUCAUUUAGUUGCUUCGUAGUGCACAACUCAGAAGAAGAAAAAGAAAAGAUAGCAAAAUGGCAAAACGAAUUAUCAACCGCUAUGACAGGAUUAACCACCGAACAGCAAGAAAGCGCUAUUCGUCAAUUUCUUAUCCUGGCAGCAGGGAUGACAAAUGAUAGACGGUUGGAAUUAUUACUUUCCAUGUUGGAAACCUUAGUAACCACUAGCGUUUUACCUGCCAGAUUGGUGUGUGAAUGUAUUCUCAACUGUGAUAAGCUCGUAUAUCAGGCCGGAGAUUUCUGGGUUGGAUGUUUCACAUUAAUUCGAAAAAUAAUCGGUGGUGUCGAUUAUAAAGGAGUCAGAGAAGUAUUGAAGGGUUGCAGAGAUAAAGCACAUACAAUUCCAUCGCGGCUGCCAACCACUGUGCAGCCGCAGUUAAAGGCUCUCGAAAGUUUGCUUGAAUACAUUUUUGACCGAAAUGCCUGUUUGCUGCCUGCGGUUUUUAUUAUUAAUGAAAUAAGGAAAACCAAUCCGGAUCAUAAGAAAUGGCCUCAUUGGAAACUUUCGAGACUCUUUUCGGACUUUGUCGAAAGUUUUCGUCCUGCUGCACAAAUGGUAUCGAUAGUAGGACAUUCGAAAAUGUUACCAGUUGUAGAACACUCAGGUUAUGCAGAUCACCUGAUAAACCCUUGGAUCCUUGAAAGAGAAAAUCUGCAGUUUUCCUUGAGAGGAAAUCUUCCUUAUGACGAGGACCUACUAAAACCCCAAACUGGUCUUUUGCGAUACGUUUUGGAACAGCCUUACAGCAGAGACAUGGUUUGCUCUAUGCUUCAGCUUCCAAAACAGCAAAAACAGAGAUGUAUCGCCCUGGAAGAACAGCUUGUUGAACUUGUGAUUCUUGCCAUGGAGCGAUCAGAAAACGAUCCUUCGCCUGCAGAAAAUUCAGACGGAACUGUUGCCAACCAUUAUGUGUGGCUGCAUUUAUCAUCCCAGUUGAUAUAUUUUGUGCUCUUCCAAUUUGCGUGUUUUCCUGAGUUUUUAACAGCGAUUCACGAUAAGUUGGCGAGUUGCGAAUUACGUAAAGGACGAGAUCACCUGAUGUGGGUUUUGCUACAAUUUAUUUCUGGUAGCAUACAGCGAAAUCCUCUAUCUAAUUUCCUUCCGGUAUUGAAACUUUAUGAUCUUCUGUAUCCAGAGAAGGAACCUUUUUCAGUGCCGGAUCUCACUCAUCCAUUAUGCACGCAUCAAAUGGCGAGCACUUGUAUUUGGAUCCAUCUCUUAAAGAAAGCUCAAAGUGAACUCGCGAACUUUCAUAGGCCAAUUCCACAUGCGCUUAAAUUGCAUCACGAGUUUUUGCAACAUUUGGUUAUGCCAAAUACCCAGCUCUGUAUGGGGCCUGAUUAUCGAAUUGCACUGCUGUGCAAUGCGUAUUCGACAAGUCAAGACUAUUUUAGCAGGCCAAUGGCUGCGCUCGUUGAUACAAUACUGGGAAAUCAGAAGGGACAACAACAACAGUCCUUGCAAAAUCUGCAGAACAAUGCAGCUCUUGUAAAUGGACCAACGACUCCACUAACCAUGUCAAUCUUAGAUUCAUUGACGGUACAUUCAAAAAUGAGUCUGAUUCAUCAUAUUGUUACUCAUGUGAUUAAAUUGGCUCAAUCCAAAAGCAACAUGGCUUUAGCACCCGCACUGGUUGAAACCUACAGUCGAUUAUUGGUUUAUACCGAGAUAGAAAGUUUAGGGAUUAAGGGUUACAUCGCCCAAUUGUUACCCCAAGUGUUUAAAUCGCAUGCUUGGGGGACAUUGUAUACUCUUCUCGAGAUGUUUAGUUACAGAAUGCAUCAUAUUCAACCACAUUAUCGAGUACAGCUCUUGUCUCACCUUCACAGCCUUGCGGCUGUACCACAAACUAAUCAAACUCAGUUGCAUCUUUGUGUUGAAAGCACUGCCCUUAGGUUAAUAACUGGAUUAGGUUCUGCGGAAGUUCAGCCUCAGCUCUCGAGGUUUUUAUCCGAACCGAAAACUCUCGUUUCUGCUGAGUCUGAGGAAUUAAAUCGAGCCUUGGUUUUAACUCUCGCUCGAUCAAUGCACGUUACCGGAACCGGAGCAGAUUCUCUAAGUGGGACCUGGUGCAGAGAAUUGCUCAACACAAUCAUGCAAAAUACGCCUCACUCUUGGGCAGCUCACACUUUGCAGUGCUUUCCACCUGUGCUGAGUGAGUUCUUUCAACAGAAUCCCGUUCCUAAGGAAAACAAACAACAAAUCAAGAAAGCUGUAGAGGAAGAAUACAGAAAUUGGGCAUCGAUGAGCAAUGAAAACGAUAUCAUUGCUCACUUCACUGCUCCUGGGGCACCGCCACUUUUCCUCUGUCUCCUAUGGAAGAUGAUACUCGAUACAGAUCGCAUAAGUCCUAUUGCCUACAAAAUAUUGGAGAGAAUAGGAGCGAGAGCUUUAUCAGCUCACCUUCGGAAGUUCUGCGAUUAUCUUGUCUUCGAGUUUUCAAACAGUGUCGGAGGAGGCCAACAUGUAAACAAGUGUGUCGAUACGAUCAACGAUAUGAUCUGGAAGUACAAUUUAGUAACAAUAGACAGAUUAGUUCUCUGCCUGGCUCUUAGAACCCAAGAAGGCAGUGAAGCUCAAGUCUGCUUCUUCAUAAUACAAUUGCUGCUUCUCAAAGCAACCGAAUUCCGAAACAGAGUUCAGGAAUUCGUCAGGGAAAAUUCCCCUGAGCACUGGAAACAGUCCAAUUGGCAUGAGAAGCAUUUAGCAUUUCAUAGGAAAUUUCCCGAGAAAUUUGCCCCUGAAGGAAUUGUGGAACAAACCAGCGGUGGGCCCGGUCAAUAUCAGAGUUUGCCCGUUUAUUUCGGAAAUGUGUGCUUGAGAUUCUUGCCUGUCUUCGACAUUGUGGUGCAUAGGUAUUUGGAAAUACCUCCUGUCUCAAAAAGCUUGGAGAUUCUCUUAGAACAUUUGGGAUGUCUCUAUAAGUUUCAUGAUCGACCAGUGACUUAUCUCUACAACACCUUGCAUUACUAUGAGCGGAACUUGAGAGACCGACCAAACCUGAAACGACGCCUUGUUUCGGCGAUUUUAGGAUCGCUGAAGGAAAUUAGACCUUCAGGUUGGGCUUUAUCUGAAGCUUAUACAGCCUAUAUAGCCAGACCUACUGAUGAUGCCAUCACCUGGGUACCUGAGCUAGAUUAUUACAUUCGACUCGUCCAGAGGAUUGUUGAAACAAUGUCAGGGACCGCUCAUUUCCCAGCGACUGAUUGGAGGUUUAACGAAUUCCCGAAUUCUGCUGCGCACGCUUUGUAUGUGACUUGUGUCGAGCUUAUGGCGUUACCAGUAGCUCCGAAUUUAGUCGCUAAUUUGUUGCUUGAUGUCGUCGCCAAAGGGUAUACGACCAUUAACUACAAAGAAAUCCACCUGUGGAUAAACUGUGUAGGUUUACUGAUGGCUGCACUGCCAGAGUGUUACUGGACAGCGUUUUACGAUCGUGUCGUGGACACUAUUAAGUCUCCAGCCUUACAGGGCUGGUAUUAUCCCGACAUGAGUCCAUUCACGCUUUUCAACUUUAACACGACCCACAACAAUUUGCUGGAGAAUAAAUAUAGCUACAUGCUGGCUUUGGCUCAUUCUAUCUGGCAUCAUGCUGGAGUUGGUCAGAUUACCACGUUGCCACAGUUCGUUAAGGAAAAACUACAGCCUGCUGUCACUACUGAGGAGCAAUUGAUUUAUGCAUGCCAUUUGAUUGGCCCAACCCUUGCGCGAUUCAAUAUGGAGAGGCCGACUUGUGUCAAUAAACUCACAGUUAAUUUGUACGAAAUGCUGGAGAAGGUGGACAAAGAACAAUCUCACCUGAAAUUUAUGGACCCAGUUUGCGACUUACUUUAUCACAUAAAAUACAUGUUUGUCGGCGACACAAUGAAGACUGACGUUGAAUCUAUUAUUCGAAAAUUGAGGCCAGCUCUUCAAAUGCGACUUCGUUUCAUCACGCACUUGAAUAUAGAAGAAAUCAACAAUUCUUGAGAUCAAGCCGAUGGACAAGCACAAGAUUCGUUCCCAACGACAUAAUUUAAAGCGGAAUCCUAAUUCGAAUUGUAAUUUUAAUAUAAAUAUUAAUUUUAAUUGUAACUCGUCCUUAACGCUGGAGAGUAUCCUACGAUUUUUGAAUGAAUGACGAUGAUGUUUAUAUUGAUAUAUUCCUGUUGAGAGGCAGAGAUUACAGAGAGAGGAAAUCUUUUGUAUUGUCGAAUUGUACAAAGUGUAGGUACGCAUUUUUGUAUCUUACGCGGUUGAAGUAUUCAGCGACUUUAUCAUUAUUGUAAUUCUCGUAAUAAACUCGAUAUGUUUAGAAUA